UACAGAGAAAACAAUCAACUUGUGCAAGUACCAACCUAGGAAAUCAAUCAAUGAAGGUUGUGGUGACAUCAAAGCAAGCCAUAAAACCAUCCAACCAAACACCGCACUAUCUCUGCCAACUGAAGCUCUCAUUUCUGGACCAAAAACAACAACCACACUAUCUUCCUUUUGUCUACUUCUAUGCAUCAGGGCUUAACAAAGCGACAAGUGUCAGAAGAAGUGAGAAGCUAAAGAAGUCUCUUUCUGAGACACUGUCAUGGUUCUAUCCACUAGCUGGUCGUGUCAAAGACAACCUCUUUGUUGAUUGCAACGAUGCGGGUGUCCCUUUCCUUGAAGUCCAAGUCGAAUCCAGUCUCGACCAUGUCGUUGGACAAAGCAAUUGCAACUCCCAACUCAACAACUUAUUUCCGUAUCCUGAUUUUGAUGAUGCUGGUGAUCUACUCUUAGCUGUUCAGGUCAACUUCUUCCAAUGCGGUGGCAUGGCUAUUGGAUUAUGUACUUCACACAAGAUAGCAGAUGGAUUAUCAAUAGUUAUGUUUAUGAAAUUCUGGGCAGCCGUUAGUCGUGGAGAUCAUAGCAUUUGGUUUAUCCCCAAUUCGGUUUGGCCAACAUCUUUCCCCCUACACUUAAUCCCAACCCCAAUUACCACAAGCACGGCGUUGGCACUACAAAAAACAAGAUCACUGCAAAAAGUUUCAUGUUUAGCGACUCCGCCAUCUCUACUCUUAAAGCCAAAUACACCCCCACCACCGCCACUAUUGUCAAUCCGACUCGUGUUGAGGCACUCUCUACUUUUAUAUGGUAUAGAUAUAAGGCCGCCACUCAAGGAGAGGCAGUAUGUGGAGAAAGAAUUACAUCAUUGCCCCCCAUUGCCAUUCCUAGCUGCCAUGGCAUUAUUAGUACCACCACCAUUGAAAAAAGAUGCUAUUGGAGAGGAUUGUGGUAGCUUGGUCACUCAAAUGAGAGAUGGGAUAAGAAAAGUUGACAGUGAUUUUGUAAGGAAACUCCAAGAGGGUGGUAGUGGUGGCAUGGAAGGCUUGAAUUCCAAGAUAUUAGAGGAGAGUGGUAAUAAAGGAGGAGGAGGAGAGGCGGUGUUUUCUCUUGUGUUUUCGAGCUUGGCUAGGUUUCCACUAUACGAAACUGAUUUCGGAUGGGAAAGGCCAGUAUGGGUGACUUUAGGUAUGUUAAGUCUUGAUAAUAUCGUUUUUUUCUUUCCUAUCAGAACGGAUGAUGGCAUAGAAGCGUUGAUUUUUUCGAACGACGCCAACAUGGCGAAACUUGAAGCCGAUAAAGAAUUCCUCUCAUUUGUUUCCACUCCUCCUCCUCCUCCCGCAAAUGCUAAAUUGUAAUUUCUUGCUUGCAUGAUGUUGAGAAUAUAAUCUAAAUAAUAAAAGAAUAAUGCUAUUCAAGUUUAAAAAUUAAA